CGCUGCCCCACCGAUUUAUGUGAAAUUUUUAUUAAAAAAUCUACAAUUUUUAAUACAUUGUGAGAUUACUGUGAUAAAAACUACUUCCGGUGUUAUAGAAAUCUUGGUUACGAGUUUUUUUUGCAAGGACUAUAGCUCCAAACGUUAGUAGGAUCUCUUGUUCUAAUGCAGCUCCCCUUUCGCUGAAAGCUUUGCCUUCGAUCGGAUUUUCGCACGUCCCCGUGAAAACAAUUGAGUGUUGUGCAUUACGACUGGCAAGUGAUCGAUCGACAGAGGUGGAGCAGUGGUGCAGUGCGGGAGCGCGAUGUACCAGUGAGUGAGUGCGGCUGGAGCCAGCGGCCGCCCAGGGUGUCAUGUUGGAGACGCGGUCUGUGCGUGCCGCAGACUCGGUCUGGGCUAAUAAGCCACUACCGGCGCCGCACGCCAUGGCCAAUACGAGGCACGGAAAGAACGCUCAGGAUGACGUUUGCUAUGUCGUAGCAAAGUAUGACUAUGCUGCUCAAGGUGCUCAAGAGUUGGACCUUCGUAAAAACGAGCGAUACCUUUUGCUUGAUGACUCGAAACACUGGUGGAGAGUUCAAAAUGCCCGUAGCCAAUCUGGUUAUGUUCCCAGUAAUUAUGUGAAGAAAGAGAAACCUUCACUGUUUGACAGUAUUAAAAAGAAAGUCAAGAAGGGUUCUGGCUCGAAGACUUUGCCUUCUAAUUCGUCACCAGUACGCGGUGGCGGGGCGGAAUCGCCGGGGGCACGGCGCGUGGAGCCCACGGAGGCGCUGGGCACGGCCGUCGUGAAGUACAACUAUCAGGCGCAGCAGCCCGACGAACUGUCGCUCACCAAAGGCACUCGCAUAUUGAUCCUAGAGAAGAGCAAUGAUGGCUGGUGGCGGGGGCAGUACCAAGGGCAUACUGGAUGGUUUCCAUCGAAUUACACCAGUGAAGAAGGUGACAAUGAGGACCCGGUCCAUACUUACGCGAUGGCGGAAAAUGUCCUCGAUAUUGUGGUGGCGCUGUACUCGUUCACGUCGAACAACGAGCAGGAGCUGUCUUUCGAGAAGGGCGACCGGCUGGAGAUAGUGGAGCGGCCGCCGUCGGACCCGGAGUGGUACCGCGCGCGCGACUCGCGCGGCAACGUGGGCCUCGUGCCGCGCAACUACCUGCAGGAGCUGGCCGACUACCUCACGCAGCCGUACGGCGAAUCGGGCGGCGGGGCGGCCCCUUCAGCGACGGGUCUCAGCGGUCGCGCGUGGUAUUACGGAGCCAUCACUCGCACCCACUGCGACGCGUUACUCAAUCAGCACGGCCACGACGGAGACUUCCUCAUCCGCGACUCCGAGACCAAUGUGGGCGAUUACUCCGUGUCCCUUAAAGCGCCCGGUCGCAACAAACAUUUCCGCGUCCAUGUGGAAGGAUCAUUAUACUGCAUCGGCCAACGGAAGUUCCCCACAUUAGAACAGUUAGUUGCCCAUUACCAACGUGCACCGAUAUACACCAACAAGCAGGGCGAGAAGCUGUACUUAGUGCGCCCUUUACCGAGAGCCAAUCAAGCCUGCUGAGCGACCGCAUUGAAGUAAGCGCCAAGUCAGUAUGCGAACUGAAGUAAGCGCCAAGUCAUCCUCACUUGUAUAAGGGCCGGUUCAUUACAGUCUUUAGGAAAGUACGUGAUUACAAUUGGAAUAGAAAGCGCUUCAUUAUACGAGAUAGUGAACUAAAGCUUCUUCUGUCUUUUAAAGA